CAACAAUGGCGCAGCAACUUUUCUCUUCCUCUCAACUUUCUCAUUCUUUAACCUUAAGCCGUCUCAUGAGCCGCAACAGUCUCCUCCUCGUCCUCCUACUUCUCCUCGGUUUAUCCUUACCCUGGACAGGAUCUCCCUUAUUCAUGUUCCCUAACAAAAGCUCUUCUUAUUCUUAUUCUUCUUUGCCCUCAAACUGGCGCGACUAUUCUCUUGCUCAAGCAGCCAAGUUCGUCGCCAAGGACGGGACUGUGAUCGUCUGCACCGUUAGCUAUCCCUUCUUGCCUUUCCUCAACAACUGGUUGAUUAGCGUUUCUAGACAGAAGCAUCAAGACAAAGUUCUCGUGGUCGCUGAGGAUUACGCUACUCUCUACUUGAUUAACAAGAAAUGGCCCGGUCAUGCCGUUCUCAUUCCCCCAGCGCUGGACUCUAAGACCGCAAAUAACUUUGGUUCCCGGGGCUUCUUCAAGUUUACAUCUCGGAGGCCUCGACAUCUCUUGCAGCUUUUGGAGCUAGGCUAUAAUGUUAUGUAUAAUGAUGUUGAUAUUGUCUGGUUGCAAGAUCCAUUUCAGUAUCUAGAAGGAAGCCACGACGCAUACUUCACCGAUGACAUGACUGGAGUUAAGCCUUUGAAUCAUUCCCAUGAUUUACCACCUCCGGAUCGAAACGGUGUGACUUAUAUAUGUAGCUGCAUGAUUUUCUUGCGUCCCACGAAUGGAGCGAAACUUCUCAUGAAGAAAUGGAUUGAGGAACUUCAAGAUGGAAAUAAAGCAUGUGAAGGAAAUGAUCAGCCAGCUUUUAACUGGGCACUCAACAAGACAGCUAGUCAGGUAGAUCUAUACUUGCUUUCGCAAGCAGCGUUUCCAACAGGAGGAUUGUACUUCAAUAACAAGACAUGGGUUGAAGAAACAAAAGGGAAACAUGUCAUAGUCCACAACAACUACAUUAUUGGUUAUGAGAAUAAGAUGAAACGCUUCCACGACUUUGGUCUAUGGCUAGUUGAUGAGCAUGCUUUUGAGUCCCCAUUGGGAAAGUUAGAGUGAAAUUUAUAUUGUCUUGUUAUGUGUGAAUGUUAUACUUAUAUGGCUAAUUCUGAACAGAGGAAAACAGGGGGAAACAGAGGAAGUAAAAGAGAUACGUAUAUUUAUAUAUGGAAUCA